ACGAAGGGGAGGAGGAGGUGUAGGAAGAGGUCAAGCAGGAAGCAGGAAGAGGAACAACAGGAAGAGAACCACGGAUUCCGUUGAAGUAGAGGCCGGCGCCAGGAAGUGGGACGUCAUCAGCGUCGACGUCAACGACGACAACCAGCAGCAUCAGCAGCAUCAGCCUCAGCAGCAGAGAUGGCAAAUGGCAACGAGAGCAGCGAGGGCCCCGGCAACCCUCUGGCGGCCGUGGUGGCGACCACCGGCGGAAUGGUGGGCGGGGGCCCAUCCUCCUCUGCCACGGUGUCCACCUACAUCAAGCUGGUGCUGCUGGGCCUGAUCAUCUGCAUCAGCCUGGUGGGCAACCUGGUGGUGUCGCUGCUGGUGCUGCGGGACCGCGCGCUGCACAAGGCGCCCUACUAUUUCCUGCUGGACCUGUGCCUGGCCGACACCAUCCGCUCGGCCGUCUGCUUCCCCUUCGUGCUGGUGUCCAUUAAGAACGGCUCGGCGUGGACCUACAGCGUGCUGAGCUGCAAGGUGGUGGCCUUCAUGGCCGUGCUCUUCUGCUUCCAUGCCGCCUUCAUGCUCUUCUGCAUCAGCGUGACACGCUACAUGGCCAUUGCCCACCACCGCUUCUACUCCAAGCGCAUGACCUUCUGGACAUGUGUGGCCGUGGUGUGCAUGGUGUGGACGCUCUCGGUGGCCAUGGCUUUUCCUCCCGUUUUCGACGUGGGCACAUACAAGUUCAUCCGCGAGGAGGACCAGUGCAUCUUCGAGCACCGCUACUUCAAGGCCAAUGACACGCUGGGCUUCAUGCUCAUGUUGGCCGUGCUGAUCCUUGCCACGCACGUGGUCUACAUGAAGCUGCUGCUCUUCGAGUACAAGCACCGCAAGAUGAAGCCCGUGCAGAUGGUGCCCGCCAUCAGCCAGAACUGGACUUUCCACGGGCCCGGCGCCACGGGGCAGGCCGCGGCCAACUGGAUAGCGGGGUUCGGACGUGGCCCUAUGCCCCCCACCCUGCUGGGCAUCCGGCAGAACUUGCACAACCAGAACCGCCGCCUGCUGGGCAUGGAGGAGUUCAAGGCCGAGAAGCAGCUCGGCAGGAUGUUCUACGUGAUCACCCUCUUUUUCCUGGUGCUCUGGUCCCCGUACAUAGUGGCCUGCUACUGGCGGGUGUUUGUCAAGGCGUGCACUAUACCCCACCGGUACCUGUCCACCACCGUGUGGAUGAGCUUCGCCCAGGCCGGAGUGAACCCCAUCAUCUGCUUUCUCCUCAACAAGGACCUGAAGAAGGGACUGAAGGCUCAUCUGCCUCCUUGCUGUAGGACUAAACCUCAACUGCCCCGCGAGCCUUACUGCGUCAUGUGAACAGAAUGUUUGUUUUUGUUUGUUUGUUUUCUUAAUUUGCUUUUUUAAGUUUGUCCUUUUUUAGGUGGUGGGAGGGGGAUGGCUGAGACAUUUGAGGUUCAGGAGGUGAUAGAGGUGACGAGAGGGGCAUGAGGAACUAUUUGAAUUGUUGUGGCCUUUGAUUCAGUGCAAGAUGUUUUCUAUCCUCCAUAAACUGCAAAGGAAGGUCUGAAUUCACCUCAAUGCUAUUUUUUUCUAUUGUCUGCUCCUUCAGUAAAAAGGGACUGGGUUUUGGAACGAUGCUAUGUUCAAAAUGUAAUGUAGACUUAAAAAGAAAUUUAUCUGAAGCAUGAGAGUGGCAUUGCUUUUUGAAAGCAUUGAGGA